AACAAUUAAAAAAUGUCGGAAUCGUGUCAGGACGGUAAUUGUCAAGGAAAUAAUGAAUAUGGACCUGAAGAAUCGCCUACCAAACUCAUUGUCAAUUACAUUCCUGAAGUCAUGACCCAGGAUAUGAUGUUUUCUUUAUUUUCAACAAUGGGCAAAUUGGAGAGUUGUAAGUUGAUAGCAAAUCGAGGCUAUGGAUUCGUCGAGUACACACGUCCGGACGAUGCAGUUAAAGCUCGUAAAGCGUUCAACGGUCUACUGAUGCAGAAUAAGACUCUCAAAGUGUCACACGCAUUACUUAAUCCAGAACUUAAGCCACCAACAAAACCUGAAGCCGACUGGAAUCUCUACAUUUGUAACCUACCUAAUGAAUUGACCUUGCAAGGUUUACAUGGAUUAUUUGCACAAUUCGGCAGAAUAAUUAAUUCACGCAUUGCCGCUGGCAUAGCUUUUGUAUUAUAUGAGCAUCAGUAUGAAGCAGAGCGAGCUAUUCAAAAUAUAAAUGGGUCAACACCACCAGGGUUUCUGCAUCCCUUAACAGUUAAGUAUGCUAAUAAAAGUAAUCCUCAUAAGCAUAAAAAUAAUAAUAAUACUUUUACAAAAAAUACCAUAGUGAGGCCUUAUCAAUGGAUUAAUCAUAUUAGUGCUGUGGGUGAACAUAAUUCACCAAAUACAUGGUCUAUUUAUAUUUAUAAUAUUGCUUUGGAAGUAGAAGAGUUAACUCUUUGGCAACUUUUCGGUCCAUAUGGUGCUAUUGUUUCAGUUAAGAUUAUUAGGGAUCAUCAGACUAAUAAAAGUAAAGGAUAUGGUUUUGUUACAAUGAGAAAUUACGACCAAGCUGCGAUGGCAAUACAAGCAUUAAACGGAUAUCUAUUGCACGGUCAACCUCUCUCUGUAAGUUUCAAAACGCAAAAGAGAUAAUGUUGACACGAAAGACUUUAAAAACGAUACAGUAAUAAUAAAAAUAGACAAAAGUAAUAACAUUAUGAUAAAAUUAAUUGGCUGAAACAAACAACGCACUGAAUACUUUUAAGACACAACACCACACACUGCAACUGCGUGUAAAGUCAGUUGGAUUCUUAUUUAAAUAUUGUGUUACUUUGAGCUAUCAACAUUGUUAAGUUUGUUUAUGAGUAAUAAUUUAUUCAUUUAGCUCGUUGAAUGUUUCAAGUUUACUAGGAUUUUAAGAUUUGUAUUGAUAUGUUUGUUAUUUGGAAGUUCAAUGUCAGUUUUGAACUAUUUGCUUUGAUCAUUAUUUUUAUCUAUUAUAUAAGCAUAUUAUGAAAAAAUUUGAUGAAAGUGCUUUUACAAGAUCUUACUAAUUAAUAAGCCACAUUGAAAUGUUUAAUCAGCUACUAGUUUUAGUUGUACACUUUUUAUAACAUGAUAUGCUAUUAAGGCAAUAAAACGAAAUCUAGAUUAUAUAAUAUUUAUACAUUUAGUAUAAAAUUUGCUGAAUUAAAGUUCAUUUUCAUAAUUUUAAAA